AUGGACACAUUAGAAAUUAAUAAUGAACCACAAGAAAACGUUCAACAGGAAAUUGAAGAUUCUUUUAGGGAAUACGAACAAUAUUUAAAUCAACAAGUUGUUGUUAUGCUAAAAGACAACAAAUUUUACUACGGAAUACUAAAAAGUUUUGACCAAUACAAUUCUAUUACAUUAAAUUAUUCUGUAGAACGUAUUUUUUAUGAAAACAUGUAUGCAGAAAAAUAUCACGGACUACUUGUAAUAAGAGGUGACACUAUUUCUCUAAUCGGUAUAUCACAGAAUAAUUUUAAGAAUUAUAAAAAACAAGAUUUUAAUUUUAUUUUUAAUUUACUAAACAAUAAAUUAGAAAAAUAG